CCAACAGGCGAUAUGGCGGUCUCUGCACGAAUCCACAUGCUUCUCCUAUUGAUUUCCCUACUGUCAAGGCUGGGACUUGGUCGCUAUAUUGAGGAUAAUGAAGCUGCAGAAGGUCUUUAUUCUAUGCUUAGUUUGGAACAGAAAAGAUCAUCGGAGGAUUUUAUUUUCCGCCGACCCCUAAGAUGCCUGGACAUGUUAGCCACCGAGGGCCAGUUCACCUUCAUGGCUGCCCAGCCACAGCUAGCCUGUGCUGCCUUCCUGAUUGGAGAGCCCACUGAGGUCAUCAGUCUGGAGCUGUCUGACGUCAACAUCGACUGCAGCGCCGGAGAUUUUAUCAAGAUAUUCGACGGUUGGGUCCUGAAGGGAGAGAAGUUCCCGAGCAGCCAAGACCACCCACUGCCCCUCCGCCAGCGCUACACUGACUACUGCUCCUCCAGCGCACCGGGGGGCGCCGUCCUGUCCUCCCAGAACGUAGCCAUGGUCUUCUUCCGCAUUCACAGCCCUGACAGUGGCUUCACCCUCACUGUCAAGAAACAACACAACCCCAUGCCCUGUAACAUCAUGUCUCAGAGCCCAGAGGGAAGCUUCACCAUGGUGAUGCCCCAUCAUCACUGGAACUGCAGCUUCUCUAUCAUAUAUCCAGUGGAGCUGCAGCUGACAGAACUCAGCCUGGGCCAGGCCAAGAGCAACGAGCUUAGUCCACAGAGGCCAAUGCGGUGGGGCUGCACAGGGUCUGGGGACUAUGUGGAGUUGCUGGGGGGGAACGGCGUGGACACCUCCAAGAUGUAUCCCAUGGCUGACCUCUGCUUCUCCCCCAGUGGACUGACCCAGAUGAGGAUGGGCUGUGAUAACUCGGUGGUGCGUCUGGUGUCCAGCGGGAACUACGUCAACCGCGUCUCCUUCCGCUACAGACUGCUUGGGCGUAGCGAGCAGCCUCAGGCCUCCGAGAACAGCCUGGACGACUUCUGCACUGUGGGAUAAGAUGUCUCUCUCUCCCUCACACACACUCACACACACACACACACACACACACACACACACACACACACACACACACACACACACACACACACACACACACACAGACACAGACACACACACACACACACACACACACACACACACACACACACACACACACACACACACACACACACACACACACACACACACACACACAGAGGCAUCUGCCUACAGACAUGCACAUACACACAUGGAAACACACAAACACAGGCAUAUGCACAAAGACAUGCGCAUACACACACAUGCACAAGCACACACGCACAAUAGCACAUAAAUGUGUACACAAACACAGACAAACACACACACAUGCACGCACACACGUCCACACACACACUCAUGGAUGGGUGUCGUUGCAUCCUUCUGUAAAUAAGAGUAAUUUCAUGACCACGUUGAUAUUUUCCUCUUUCCCAUAAUAAAUACGUUAUUUUGUUCUGCUCUAUAUUAUAUUUAUAUAUUCUAAUUAUGUUAUC